CCCAAUAGUCUCUGCAUUACCAGAACCCCAAGGGCAGGGCAUUCACUUGCUGCAACUCGCUCGCUCUCCUUUUUGUUUUUCCUGCAUGAUGUCAACUCAGAUGGGCUCUCCCUACAGGCCUACCGACACAAGUGUCUAACUGAGGAAAUGGAAAUAAACUUGGGGAAAUUGGCGUUUGACCUCGAUUUUCAUCCAUCGCAGCAAUUAGUGACUACAGGUCUCACCGAUGGCCACCUUCACUUGUAUCGAUAUUCAUCUGGUGGUUCACUACCUGAAAGGGUGUUGGAAGUUCAUGCACAUAGCGAAUCUUGCAGAGCUGCUCUGUUCGUCAACGGUGGCAGUGCCAUUUUGACAGGGUCUCUAGACCACACAAUCUUGCAAUAUGUGGAAACUGGUUCUGCUAUCGCUUGCCUUGAAAAUGCUCAUGACGAUGCAAUCAAUAGACUUAUAAACUUGACCGCAUCUACCAUUGCCUCUGGAGAUGAUGGAGGCUGUAUUAAGCUCUGGGAUACCAGACAACGAUCUUGCUGCAAUUCCUUUAAUGCUCAUCAGGACUACAUCUCCGAUAUGACUUUUUCAGCUGAUUCCAUGAAAGUCCUGGGAACUAGUGGGGAUGUAACUCUGUCUGUUUGCAAUCUUCAAAGAAAUAAGGUCCUAGAUGAAUCUGAGUUUUCAGAAGAUGAGCUACUGUCUGUUGUUAUCAUGAAGAAUGGUCAGAAAGUUAUUUGCAGCUCUCAGACUGGGAAUAUAUUGUUGUAUUCAUGGGGUUGUUUCAAGGAUUGCAGUGAUCGUUGUAUUGAUCUCUCUCCAAUUUCUGUUGAUGCUUUGUUUAAGCUUGAUGAAGAUAGACUUAUUGCUGGAUCUGAGACCGGACUUAUCAGCCUAGUAGGCAUAUUACCAAACAGAGUCAUCCAACCAAUUGCAGAGCACUCAGAAUAUCCGGUAGAGCGUCUUGCUUUUUCUCAUGAUAAAAAGUUUCUGGGCAGCAUAGCACAUGAUCAGAUGUUAAAGCUCUGGGAUAUGGAUGAUAUAUUGCAAGGCUCUGGAAACACUUCAAGGACUCAAGCAACUGUGGGGGAGAAUGAUAGUGAUGAGAUGGAUACAGAUAUUAAUACUCCAAAGUCUAGAAAAGGAACAAAGAGAAAAAAUGCAAGCAAAGAUCAUGUUAUGGGUUCACACAACUUUUUUGCUGAUUUAUAGAUGGAUGGUUGAUUGCAAGUUCUCUCUAACUUUGACAGAUAAUGUCGCUGAAGAACAUAAGCUUCCCUUGUCAAUCACAUACUGCUAGAAAGACGUUUGGUUCCUGUGGAAUUUUGGUUUUUCCCUUUGGGUUAGGGAAUUGUAAAAUAUUCAUUUUUGAUAUAUUUACUUUUUUGUCCUAUUUAUGUAUGUUAAUGAAGAGUCUUUUUAAUUUGGUUUUUUUGCUGCUCCAGACAGGGAAUUCUAUGUUUAUUAGAAAUAUUACAAGAUUUGCAAUAUUAUCUUA